AUGAUGCCAAACUUAAUAGGAAAUCGAUUUCAAGUAAUAUCAAGUGCUGGAGAAGGUCAAUUCGGCAGAGUUUUUCUGUGUACGGAUUUAGAAACACAGACUCAGUGCGCAGUAAAAAUACCUUCAGUUUCUAGCAAAGACAGUGCAGCUCAGCUUAUAAAUGAAGGAAAAAUCUUAAAGGCAAUUCAAGGUGGAAAAGGCAUCCCAAAACUGAUUAAAUUUAGCAGUAAAGAAAAUCAAGAAUUUUUAGCAAUUCAAUAUUUGGGUCUAGAUUUAGAAACAAAAUUUGCUAAACAUCAUAAAAUAUUUUCUCUAGCAACAAUACUUACAAUUGCAGAGCAGCUUGUAGAUAGACUUGAAUAUAUCCAUCGAAAAGGGUAUAUUCACAGAGAUUUAAAACCUCGUCAACUUUUACUUGGAUUAGAUUCUGACGUAUCCACUCUCUAUGUCGUUGAUUAUGGUCUUUCAAAACUAUACAUGCAGAGGCCUAUGGGAUUGCAUAUACCUUACAUUGAAGGGAGGCCCUUUGAAGGAACACCUUAUUUUGCAUCUUUAAAUACUCAUAUAGGUAUUCAACAGAGUAGAAGAGAUGAUCUUGAAGGUGUAGUAUAUAUGCUAGCCUAUUUCUUGAAUGGUAGCUUGCCUUGAAUUCCUUCCAAUAGAUCCAUCAAAAUAAAUGAAAAGCAGAUCAGAUCCAUGAAGAGCAAGAUUUCUUCAACUGAGCUAUUUGCUAAUAAACCGGAAGAGUUUUCCCAUAUUUUUAAAUAUGCUAGAAAUCUGGAAUUUGAUGCAGAGCCUGAUUAUCAAUAUAUCAAAAAUCAAUUAGCUUUAAUCAGACAGAAAAACAAUAUACAUGCAAUUGGCUUUGAAUUCAAAACUCUUCGUAAAAGAAAUUCAUCGAAAAAUUCGAGCUUAAAACCUCCUAGACCUAGCAAAAUCCCACUCACAUUCCACAGUUUUCUGAUAGAAGAUGAGGAAGAUAAUUCAAGGGGCAGCAGGAAAUGCCGCUCUACAUAUGAUGCAUCUCCUAUCACCCCUAGCAGAAAUUGAGAAAACAGCUUAUUGAUUGAUGACGAUUUAACAGUGUGCCUUAAUAGCCAUCCAGAAAUAAAAGAUAGGAGCAUUUUAGUUAGAAGCCCAAGGUUUAAAAAUGAAAUACUUACUGAAUGUGGAAGAAGCCCAACUUUCAGGAAAGGGGUUGUUGAAAAUUUAGACAAAGAUAAAAAAAAUUGUGUGAUUUUUUAA